UAAAUUGGGACGGAAGUAGUAAUUUGUAAAUUGAAGUCACAAGAAAAACAAAAAAUUGUACUACUCCAAUGUAACGGUGCACUAGAAAAUAUCUCUCCUCCGUACCACAAACUUUAAUAAGGGAGGGAGAAAUAUCUCGCAGCCAGUGCAAAUACAUCACUGGUCACGGUGGUCAAAUUAGUCAAGGUGUCAGUAGUCACUAAACAAAAUACUAUUAAGCUUCAGGAGGUUUUUCUCCUCAUUCAAACUCCAUCCAACGCCAUCAUCGAUCCGCCUUCUUCUUCUAAGCCGUCCUCAAACCCCGUGCGCAGCCGUAGCCCUCAAUCCUAACCCAACAACAUUCACCAGAGGUGUCGCUAUUGACGCCGCCCUCACGUACCUCAUCACUCACACUACUCCCUCUGUAUUCUCUCUCUCCUCCUCCCUCAUCAUCACCUCUUCCAAUGGACUCCAACACAAGUCCCCUCAACUCUCCCUCCUCAUUACUCCUAUUCAUCUUCAUCACGGGUUUUGUGAUUCGUUCAACGGUUAACGCCGUCGGCAUAAACUACGGCCAGAUCGCGAACAACCUCCCGCCGCCGGAACACGUCAUCCCCCUCGUCCGCUCCGUCGGCGCCACGAAACUGAAACUAUACGACGCCGAUCCCCGCGUCCUCAAGGCAUUUGCCAACACCACCGUCGACUUCACCAUCGGCCUCGGCAACGAAUUCCUCUCCAAGAUGAGAGACCCAAACAGCGCCCUGGCCUGGGUCAAGACAAACGUCCAGCCCUACCUCCCAUCCACUAAAAUCACCUGCGUCACCGUCGGCAACGAGGUGCUCACCUUCAACGACACCUUUCUCAACGAAAACCUCCUCCCGGCCAUGCAAAGCGUUCACAGCGCCCUCGUCCAACUGAACCUCGACAAAAACGUCACCGUCACGACCCCGCACUCCCUCGCCGUGUUGGAAACCUCGUAUCCGCCGUCGGCAGGAUCCUUCCGGCGAGAUCUGAGGGCUUACAUCACUCCGAUCUUGGAUUUCCACGUGAAAACCGGUUCGAACUUCCUUAUCAACGCGUACCCGUACUUCGCGUACAAGGGGAGCCCGAAGCAGGUCCCGAUCGACUUCGUUCUGUUCCAGCCGAACGCUGGAGUGGUAGAUCCUGUGUCGAACCUUCACUACGACAACAUGUUGUUCGCGCAGAUCGACGCGGUGUACUCCGCGCUGGCUUCGCUAGGGUAUAAGAAAGUGCCGGUGCAGAUAUCGGAGACUGGAUGGCCGUCCAAAGGAGACGAGGACGAAGCAGGGGCAAAUCCGGAGAACGCGAGGAAGUAUAAUGGAAAUCUGAUGAAGUUGAUUGCGCAGAAGAAGGGUACGCCGUUGAGGCCGAAUAGCGAUUUGAACAUCUUUGUCUUCGCGUUGUUCAACGAGAAUAUGAAGCCCGGGCCGACGUCGGAGAGGAAUUACGGGCUGUUCAAGCCUGAUGGAACGCAGGCGUACGGUCUCGGACUAGCGGGAGUUAGCGCCAUUGGUGGAAACAGUAGCAGCGGCGGCGGGAAUGGGAGUUUUGCGCCGCCGCUGUUGUCGCCGCCCGCGGCGGCGAGCUCUUCGACGGGGUAUUUGGCGAUAUCGGAGGCGGUGAGUUUUUUUGGCCUUUUUUUAGUGUCUAACGUGCGCAGGGUUGCUUUAUUAGAUUUUGUUGAUUUUAUAUGAUGCGUAUUUUAGCUAGCGACAUUCGUUUUUGAGUUAUGAAGGAUUUGUGGACACUUGUCCGUACAGUGCGUUAUUCCUCCGUAGAGUACCUUGUCCAACAUUUAAAAUUGAUGGGACAUGUCAGCGACUAUGGGCAUGGGUACAAAUGAUGCACGUGGAGCUUAUUGUAGCUAAAGGAAAUACAGUACUAAUAACCUAUGAGAAAUGAUCCGUCUCAUAGUGCGAAAAAUAAGUAUUUUAAAAAUAAAAAUUUCUGUGGAACGGAGCCUCAAUAUUUUUUAACGUGAAAAAUCAAGAUAUUUGGAUAUUGAGAUAAGUGUUAGAUCGAUUCAUUCAAUUUUUAGUUUAGAAUUUAGAGGUAAGAAUUCUAAACCAAAAAUUGAAUUUAUUAAGCACUUCUCAACAUAAAAAAUUCUAAAAUCAGUCAAAUGGGCUGAUAAAGUAAGUGUGUGAAUAUGUAUAAAAUACACAAAAAUACGUGUUUUCCUUGUUUUUCAGUGUGUUUAUCGUUAGCCCAGUAGACUGACAAUAACAAGACCGUCUCAACAUAUGGAUAAAAAUUGAUUUCUUACCGAAAUGGAAGCCGGUAUCAAUUGCGGUUAGUUUAGGGAUCGGGAUGCUCUUCGGUUACCGUAGGAUUUGGAUUGGUUUUAUGGGCAUCUUUGAGUCUACCUCGAUGAUCGAAGCUCUUUACUUUGUAAAGAUCAUCGAGAACACCACAUUUAUGCAAGAAAACACAUUUUUUUUACUUAGUGUUUAGUCUCUGUUGUUUUAACAUAAACCUGUUCCAAAAAUAAAUGCUACACUCGAUGAACAUGAUUUUGGAAGUGAUUGAUGUUCAUAUGAUAAACUUAUUAGUAAAAGUGAAGGAUUGAUGAUUGAAGAGGAGCUGAAUCCUUAUUUUAGUGUAGAUAUUGUACAGUCAUGCAUGUCUUUGGUGCAAAGGUGGAGUAUUUUAGGUGGUGCUUCCACCAAUCCUUAUUUGUUUUAUGCAAAUUUUUUUCGCGUCUGUUAGUUUUGCGCCAAACUCUUUAUGUAUUAUUGAUUUGUCUUAAUUAGAGAAAUCGAAAAAGUAAAAAAUUAUGACUUUUAUACAAGUAUAUUUGGCUUUUUAUCAGAUAUUUCCCUCUCUUUUUUUGGAUAAAAGUCAAUAUUUUUUAUUUUUUCGAUUCCUCUAGUCGAGACGUACCAAUAUUAUAUAGAUUUUUUGGGCAAAACUACCAAAUGCAAAAAAAGAAAACAGCUGUUGCCUACAACGUAUGGAUUUGUGGAAACAUGGCCUAAUGUUUAAAGAUGAAAGAGCUCUGAAUAAUCUUUCUUACAUAAUGCUCUUAAAUUACGAGGUACUCUUUUCAUAAAGUUACUUCUCAACUAAUGAUGUUGGCAGUUUUUGUGAUGAGACGUGAUGAUUGGAUUAUUGGAAAAAGAAAAAAAGAAAAAAGUAACUCAUGUAGGUGGCUUUUCGGUUACCCUCUCCAAGAGUACUUAAUAAUUUUCCAUGAGUUAGCUGAUUUCUUGGAUCCUAAUUUUCGCAUCAAUCAUUGAAAUUAAAGUAAACCCACAUUAUAUCGUGUCAUUUUCCAAAGACUAACUAUUGGAAUCAUCAUUCUAUUAUGAGCUUUUGGUGUUGCGAUAUCUUACAAAACUGUUGUCUUUGAUUUCAGGGAGGACUGCAUCUUGGCAGCACUCGCUUGUUUUUCCUGCUGGUGGUUGGAUUAGUUACUCGACUAUUCUAGGUUUUAUUUAAUUUUUUUUUUUGUUGUCAUUUUUUAACGACAGGUUUAAGUUCAAAAUUCAAAACAUUCAAAUGACCAUCAAAGCAAUAUCAGCUCCAGCAGGACAGAACUUACUGUUGUUUCCAGUUAGUUGUAGUAGCUUUGCUGAAAUUUUCCCCCAUUUUUAUUUUAAGGAAUCGCUACGUUCACUUAUGUUGAAUUUACUUGGAGAAUUUUAAAUAGUCUCUCGAUCAUUGUACAAGGCUUCUCUGGUUAAUUUAUCUUCUCUCUUUCAA